UGUGAUUCAGUUUCUCUCUGAUCUGACAGACCGAUAAGUCUCUCUUUCUUACCCAGGAGAUUGAACUAAGAGUAUGGCUUCUGAAGACGACUGCCACCUGUGCAAGGAGGACCUGAGGGACCCCGUGUCCAUUCCCUGUGGACACUCCUUCUGUUCUAUUUGUCUCAAGACUUACUGGGACCAUGCUGACCACACUGGGAGCUACAACUGCCCUCAGUGUAGGGUCACCUACAACAAGAGACCGUCCCCGCGUCGAAUGCAGCAGAACUCGAGGCAUUCGACGCAUGCGGCGCAUUCAAUGCAUUCUACGCUUCCCCGGAACUCGGAGUCAUUCCCACCGCCACCUCCGUCCCCUGACUAUAACUACGCCGGCCCCCGGGACGUGGGCUGCGACAUCUGCAUCGGCAAGAAACACAAGGCCGUCAAGUCAUGCCUGAUGUGCCUGGCGUCCUACUGUGACAAGCAUCUGAAGCCCCACUUUGAGUCAGCCACCUUCAAGCGCCACAAGCUGGUGGACGAGAUCGGGCACCUGGACCGGCAGAUCUGCCCCCAGCACCAGAAGGGUCUGGAGCUGUACUGCCGCACCGAUCAGAUGUGUAUCUGCGUCCUCUGCACGGUGAAGGAGCACAAGGGCCACGACAUGGUGUCCGCUGAGACCGAGAGGGCAGAGAAACAGAAUCUUCUGGGUGCCACCCAGGCAGAAAUCCAACAGAAAAUCCAUGAGAGAUUGAAGCAGAUGGAGGAACUUAAACAGGCAGUGGAUUCUCUCAAGAGCUCUGCCCAGAGGGCCUUGCAGGAGAGCGAUAAGCUCUUCGGAGAAAUGCUGCACUCCAUCGAGAGGAUGAAGGCUGAGAUGAGCAAGCUCAUCUCCACCAACAAGAAGUCGGCCCUCAACACGGCAGAAAACCACAUGGAGAGGCUGACCCACGAGAUCUCCGACCUGAAGAAACGGGACGCUGAGCUGACACAGCUCUCCCGCACGGAGGACCACAUCCACUUUAUCCAGAGCUUCCACAUGCUCAUUGCCCAGACCGAAGCAGAAGAGCUGCCUACUGUGUCAGUGAACCCAUACUUCUCCUUCGGGUCGGUGACCAAGACUGUGUCUGAGAUGAAGGAACAUCUAAAUGAAUACAGCAAUGAGGAACUGGUGAAGGUAGCAAAAACAGUCAAUAAGAUGCCCUUUUGCCAGCUGGAUGAACGCAAGAAAAGACAAACCAUGAAAUCCAAUGAAGUUGAGGUCUACAAGUCUCCUAGUCAAGAGCCACGAACAAGAGAUGAGUUCUUACAAUAUGCAUACCCACUCACACUAGACCCAACCACAGCAUACAGACAGCUGUACUUGUCAAGAGGGAACAGGAAGGCUGCCUUGAAGAGAGAUGCGCAGUCUUACGGAGAUAACACGCACAGGUUCGACUCCCUGCCCCAAGUCCUCUGCAAGGAGGCCCUGUCUGGGGGUGCUUAUUACUGGGAGGUGGAGUGGAGCGGGGAAGGGGCUGCCAUAGGGGUCACUUACAAGGGAAUCAAGAGGAACGGCUACGGAGAUGGAUCCCGCAUUGGAUACAACCGGAAAUCCUGGAGCCUCUUCUGCUCUGACUCCAGCUACUCGGCCCGCCACAACAAGGACCAGAUUGAGAUAAACGCCCCCUACUCAUCCCGCAUCGGGGUCUUCCUGGACCACUCGGCUGGCACCCUGUCCUUUUACAGUGUCUCUGACACCAUGUCCCUCAUCCACAGGUUCCAGACCACCUUCAGUGAGAUAGUUUAUCCGGGCUUCUGGGUAUGGUAUGAAUCUGCCAUCACCAUAAGCCAGUUGUAAAUAUUCUUUCUGUAUAAUGUGCUGCACCAACAACUUUUUCAACUUGUAAUAACUUUGCCAUUAUUAAGAUAUAUUAAGAAUUCUUUAAAGCCUUUAUUUUUGCCUAUUAACACUAUAAGCUAAAUAUUAAGAAUUUUAAGUGUGGUAUAAAUCAUUUAGAUAAGCAAACCUCAGGCUAAAACAUGGGUAGUACUGUGAAGUUUUUAAAAUAAAAACAGAUGUAACAUGUAACAACACAUAAUGUAGUGCAUUGGGUGGCCACAUCUGGUCCUGGAGAGCUACAGGGUACAGUAUGUUGGUUUGUAUUACUCAGCACUUAAUUGGUCAAUUAAAGCAAUUGCUUACACAGUUAAAGUCACAUAAUCUGUUUUUUAAGGUCGAAAUUGGUUGCUGAUUUUAGGGUUUAAUACAAGCCAGCAUUCCCUGUAGCCCUCUAUGAUUAACAUUGGCCACCCCUGCAAUUGAGUGUAUCAGCUUGCUACUGUAAUUCUACAUAUAAAAAAUGUAUUAUAUCCCACCAAGCUUAAACUUGGUGGACAGCAUGUCUGCCAUCCCAGUGAGAAAAGCAAUGUAAUGUUUUACAUGUUAUACAUGCAUGUAUUAUACUGUGCUUUUGUAUUUUGUAAUUUUACUGUAUUUUAUCAUUUAAUCAUAUAUUUUUUUGACAUACAUAAGAUUUUGUGGACAUUGUGGACAGUAUACACAAGUAUAAAAUCACAUUUAUAGCUUUUUGUCAAAUAAAGUUUUUUUUUCUGCAUCAUUUAGUUUUAUCCAGUCAGCUUGUUGUUACACUGUUGAAUAUAAUAAAAUGUGAAAUUAAAA